CAUUGGCAUCCACAUGCCACAGUACUAAAUUGACAAGUGGCACUGAAAACUAAAAACUGAAAGGCGAAGGGUACGGAACUACGAUUUUGGUGAAUGUCGAAUGACUGAUUGCUGACCCCUGAAUGUUGGACUUUAGUUCGAUAAUAAUUAUUUAGAAAUUAUUAGAUGUGUGUUAAAUUUAUAGAGUAGUGUUUGUGAUUACAAGGUCGGAAUCUGCAGCGGAAUUCAAUUCAUCAGAUAUAGCAACUGGCGCGCCGUCGCGGAUGUUUGCUCCGACCGCUCACUCUAGCUUCCGCUCUCAAAAUGGAUGCGCUCGUCUUAUGACGCAAUAACAAAGUGAUCUCCGAAGUGCCACCAGCUGCGCCGCGCCUGUGACUGACGAAUACCUACUUGCACAAAAAAGGCUGGAUAUUUAUGGAGACCGGAACGCGUUCUGAACUAAAGAAAUUUUAAGGUCGGGGUAGUCCAUGCCCCACGCGGCGCCAGCUAGUGCCAUGUCGGCCGCGCCGCGCCACCCGCACUUCUACACCGUCGAGGUCGGCGACACACGCUUCACGAUCCUCAAGCGUUACCAGAAUUUGAAGCCUAUCGGCUCCGGGGCUCAGGGAAUAGUAUGCGCGGCGUACGACACGGUGACGCAACAGAAUGUGGCCAUAAAGAAGCUGUCGCGUCCCUUCCAGAACGUGACGCAUGCCAAGCGAGCCUACCGGGAGUUCAAGCUGAUGAAGCUGGUGAACCACAAGAAUAUCAUAGGCCUUCUAAAUGCAUUCACGCCACAGAAGAGUCUGGAAGAGUUCCAGGACGUUUACCUGGUGAUGGAGCUGAUGGACGCGAACCUGUGCCAGGUUAUCCAGAUGGAUCUGGACCAUGAGAGGAUGAGCUACCUCCUGUAUCAGAUGCUAUGUGGCAUCAAACAUCUCCAUCUUGCUGGUAUUGUGCACAGGGACUUGAAGCCGUCCAAUAUAGUGGUGAAGAGCGACUGCACGCUCAAAAUCCUAGACUUCGGCCUGGCGAGGACUGCUGGUACCACGUUCAUGAUGACGCCCUACGUGGUCACCAGAUACUACCGCGCUCCCGAGGUGAUCCUCGGCAUGGGCUACACGGAGAACGUGGACAUCUGGUCGGUGGGCUGCAUUAUGGGCGAGAUGAUUCGCGGCGGGGUUCUAUUCCCAGGGACUGAUCACAUCGAUCAGUGGAACAAAAUCAUUGAACAACUGGGCACGCCGUCCGCAGCGUUCAUGGCACGCCUACAGCCUACGGUGCGCAACUAUGUGGAGAACAGGCCGCGCUACGCCGGCUACAGCUUCGACCGGCUCUUCCCCGACAUCCUGUUCCCCUCCGACAGCAACGAGCAUAACAGGCUGAAGGCUUCACAAGCGCGCGACCUGCUGUCGCGAAUGUUGGUGAUCGACCCAGAGAGACGCAUCUCCGUCGACGAGGCUCUGCUGCAUCCCUACAUCAAUGUGUGGUACGACGAGGGGGAGGUCAACGCGCCGGCGCCGGCCGCGUACGAUCACUCGGUGGACGAGCGCGAGCACACCGUGGAGCAAUGGAAGCAGCUCAUCUACCACGAGGUGGUGGAGUACGCGCCCGCUCCGCCGCCCGCGCCCGCUGCGGCGCCGCUACACCACCAGGCGGACCUGCCGCCGCCCGCGCACACCGCAUAGGUUUGAAGCUGGUGGCAGGCAUAUAGAGGUGUGGGGACUGUGUGGCACACUUUUUUGUCACUUACUGGAGAGCUUCUGUAGGACUAACAUUAUCUAUAACGGAAACGGAAUACCUUCCCUACAUACAGGUAGGCCCCUAACAAGAUGGACCGAUGAUCUGGUCAAGAUCGCCGGAAUACAUUGGAUG